AUGGGUAAUUGCACGUCUGUGCAACGACGCGAGGACACGGGCGAGUCGUGGGAUGCUCGAGCCUUCCAAGCGUGCGCACCGCCGCGGAAGCCUGCGGGCCGGCCGGCAGCGAGCGGCGCUGGAAGCAUGCCCUGCGCGUGGGCGCAGGCUUCUGGCGCAAGGCCGGACGGCGACACAGCAACGCGGCCUUCCCUGGCCAGUACCGCCGCACAGUGGACCGUGGUGAACGACGAACACUCGACGCCCAACCUCGACGCAACCACACACGAAUCAUCGACGACCGAGAAGGGAAAGACCUGGAGGAUGCGUCGCAAGGGGCGCACUGAAGCUCGUCCUGGGUCCGAGCAAGCGCGGGGUACCGAUUUCAAUACCGACUCCAUCACGGCGGUCCAACGUCCCUCGUUUCGCGGACGGUCAUAUGACCACGUGGGCCUGCCUGGCAACACAAAGUCCUCGUGCGAAUUCGGCCCCCCUUCGGAUUCCUGCGCCGAUGCGUCGGCAUCUGAAUCGCAGCGCGCAGCCCUGCACACCGUCUACGAGCAGCCCGGGCCGGCGAAAGAAGCGACAGCUGGGGACGGAAAUCGCACGUCGUCGCCCUGGGACGGCGGCGCGGAGACGCGCAUGUCCCUCGCGCGCGCGCUGCUGUGCGAGGACCACGGCGAGUUGUUGAUCGGCGACACGCAGCACCCCGCGCUCGUCACGGCGCUCCUGGGCACCGUUGACACCAACGCGCCGCUGUCGCUGUUCAACGACGCUGACGCCGUCGCGUGCGAGGCGAUCAAGAUGAGGACGCUCGCUGACGAGAUGCACGUCGCCGAGGAGGCCGUGCACGCGCCGCAGCGCUCUUCACGGCCUGCCCAGGCGAGCCUGGAGAGCAUCCUGUUUGAGGCGAUCAGUGCGCCGUCGCCGCCGCGCGCCUUCCGCGGGGCCUCGGCCGAGUGGGAAUACCCGAUCCCCGAGCUCGCUGGGCCGCGCCAGCCGCGCCACGGCGUUAUCCUGGACGGCAACCCCAGCCACGAGGAGCUUCCCUGCGCGGCACGGGGGGGCACACGGGCGCCCGGCGCCUCCCUGCUGGACAGCGCAUGA